UCAUGCUGCUGCCAGGUCCACAGUGUCUCAUGGGUCCCUGUACGGCCUCCCAUUGCUGCUGUCUCCAUCGCCACACUCUGCCAUGUGCCACUUUCAGGUCUCCUCACACUGCUGGUGUGUUCCAUUUUUUGUCAUAGGUGCUGGCAGAUUACGGGCCUCCCAUUGCUGCUGCCAGGCCCGUAAUCUGCCAUGGGCCCCUGUACCGCCUCCCUCAUGCUGCUGCCAGGUCCACAGUGUCUCAUGGGUCCCUGUACGGCCUCCCAUUGCUGCUGUCUCCAUCGCCACACUCUGCCAUGUGCCACUUUCAGGUCUCCUCACACUGCUGGUGUGUUCCAUUUUUUGU